AGUCCAUUGAAUUUCGGACCUUGUUUUCACAGAUACAGUUUUCUGUGAUUCUUCUAGAAUCUUUAUUGUUUAGAUCACAGUUUAGAGAUGGUGAUUUUUAUGUCAAGGAAAUGAUUUGCAGGUAGACUGACUGUAUGCGAGAUUUGAUAGUGAAUUUUGGACUGCAAAUUUGAAGCUUUUCUGUGUGAUAGAAUUGAAUUCAAGUGGAGUAGAAGUUAUGCUUGGUUUUUAUAGUAGGCAAUUUGUCAUACUCAGUGCCAGCAUGUAUUGGAGUGGUAUCAGCUGUAUUAUUGUAUCAUUCAGAUAGUCCUUAGAGCUUAUUUGUGUCUUUGUGAGAGUUACAAUUCAUUGGAUUUUUCUGUUGGGUGAAGCUGCUGAAGUGCGUUUGUGCAUGUGAUAAUCUUUUCUUCAAAUUGAGAUAAUCUUUAUAUAAGUUGGGUUGUUUCUUAAUCUGAUCAACAAUCAUCUUCUUCUUCAAAUUGAGAUGAUCUUUAUAUAAGUUGGGUUGUUUGCUUGAGUUUGUUUUGAUUUUUAUCUUUGCUAUGAUGUUUUCCAACGGGUUUUGAUUGUUGAGGUUUUGGUAGUGUGCCUCACUUUAGGCCUGUAAAUCUCAAUUGUUAGGCAUAUUUAAUCUUAGAUCCCUGAAACAUAAUUUUUUGCUUCACAUUGCACGAUUACACUGUUCUUUCUGAAAUCUGGGACACAUAAUUUGAGGGCUGAGGGUUUAUGUCAUCCAGAUCCGCAAGAGUCUCCCCAUUUGAAUAAAGAUGAAACUUCGAUUUCUAUUCUGAUAGUUUUAAACUUUGAUGGAACCUUGUUUUCUGCUCUGAUUCUUUGUGCUAAUAGAGAGCACAAAACCUCUUAUGAAUCUUUCUCUUUCAGUGAUCGGGAUGAACCCCCUUUUGAUUUUUUGCCUAAUAUUUGCAAAUUUGAUAAUUUGUAGAUAGGUGGGGGUCCAAGGUGGUCGUUCCAUCCAAUAUUUCUGAUGAAAAUUCUGAACCCCAUAUAUUAUUAAAAAGUCUCUUAUACUGUAAAUCAACAUUUCAAGUCAUGUUUAAUGUGGUGUCUAUUGAGGACUGCACAUAGUCUUUUCCCUUUAUAAACAACACAGACUUUGAGCAUGGCUCUCCACAUGCUAAGUGCCCUUUACUUGCUACCCUACCACAGCUCGCUGGAUUGACUGCUGAUGUUUUAUGAAUGGACAAAAAUGAAUUCAGUAAAAGUAUCCUGGUUUGCCAUAGUCCCUGAUACAAGGUUCAGGGCUUUUAUCAUGGGGAUCAGAAUGAAAGUCUUUUUUCUUCUGCUAAAUGCAAAACAUUUCUCUUCGCAAGAUCUUUCCUUCACUGCUUCACUGCAGACUCUACAAAGAAAACAGAGGCUUGAGUUGUAGCAUAUACCCUGAUUUGGGUUGUAGCAUAGACACUGGCUUUGAUCUGACUUGAAAUCUUAGGAAUCGAUUAUUUGCUCUGCUACAACCAUGACAACUGUCCUUCCAGUCGCCUUACGGAACUCCACUGUCUCGCCUGAUUGGCUUAACAAAGGAGACAAUGCAUGGCAAAUGGUAGCUGCCACAUUUGUGGGUAUGCAGAGCAUGCCAGGCCUAGUCAUUCUAUAUGGCAGUAUAGUCAAGAAAAAGUGGGCUGUUAAUUCAGCUUUCAUGGCUCUCUAUGCAUUUGCUGCUGUUCUAAUAUGCUGGGUGACUUGGGCCUAUAAAAUGGCGUUUGGGGAUAAGCUGCUUCCCUUCUGGGGUAAGGCAGGUCCUGCAUUAGGCCAAAGUUAUCUCAUCAGCCAGACACUGCUCCCUGAGACACUACAUAAACAUCAAGAUGGGAGUGUUGAAACUGCAGCAAGUGCCCCUUUCUAUCCUAUGGCUACCAUGGUGUUCUUCCAGUUUGUUUUCGCAGCGAUAACAGUAAUUCUAUUAGCUGGUUCAUUGCUUGGAAGAAUGAAUAUCAAGGCAUGGAUGGCAUUUGUGCCACUGUGGCUCACCUUUUCAUACACUGUAGGAGCAUUCAGCUUAUGGGGAGGAGGAUUUCUUUUCCACUGGGGUGUGAUUGACUACUCUGGAGGAUAUGUUAUUCACCUUUCUUCAGGUGUUUCUGGCUUUGUAGCAGCGUAUUGGGUUGGACCUCGGUUGACGAAGGAUCGGGAACGAUUUCCUCCAAACAACAUACUCCUUAUGCUUGCUGGAGCAGGGCUUUUGUGGAUGGGCUGGGCUGGAUUCAAUGGAGGGGAUCCUUAUGCGGCCAACAUUGAUUCAUCCAUGGCAGUUCUGAAUACCAACAUUUGUGCUUCCACUAGCCUUCUUGUAUGGACUUGCUUGGAUGUCAUAUUUUUUGGAAAACCUUCUGUCAUUGGAGCUGUCCAGGGAAUGAUUACAGGUCUUGUCUGUAUUACUCCAGCUGCAGGUGUUGUACAAGGAUGGGCAGCGAUUGCAAUGGGAGUGGCAUCUGGUAGCGUCCCAUGGUUCACAAUGAUGAUAGUGCACAAAAGAUCACGCAUAUUACAGAAGGUGGAUGACACCCUAGGUGUGUUCCACACUCAUGCAGUUGCAGGAACACUGGGUGGAGCUCUUACUGGACUGUUUGCAGAGCCUGUUUUGUGUUCUCUUUUCUUACCAGUCACAAACUCUAAGGGAGCCUUUUAUAGAGGACCAGGUGGGGUGCAAUUCCUUAAGCAGUUGGUGGGAGCAGGCUUUAUUAUUGGGUGGAAUGUUGUAGCCACAACCAUAAUUCUUCUUGUGAUUAAAGUAGUAAUCCCUCUAAGGAUGCCUGAUGAGGAACUCCUGAUUGGGGAUGAUGCUGUCCAUGGUGAGGAAGCUUAUGCUCUGUGGGGUGAUGGUGAAAAAUAUGACAACACAUUGCAUGGGUUGUAUUCUGAUGAGACAACUCAUCCCAAAAAUGGUGAUGGGCAGGGUGCUAGAGGACUUACCAUUGAUUUGUGAAGGAUUGAUUAAGAAGGCUUCUAGCAACAGUUGUGUGGGUAGUGUCUGCAACAAUGAUUUGGAUCACACUCAGUGAUCCUUCAAUAGAAUGAAGAAAAAUCAUGUUUUAUAUAGAAAAAUGUUAAUGUCUUUUAAAGUUUGUAGAAUUACUUGCUUUUGCAAGAGGGUGUUCUUUUGUAUUCUACUGGGGUUUUCUUUUGUAUUCUAUUGUAAUAGCAUCUUUUCAGUACUUAUAAAUUAUUGUCUUUUAUUCUUUAGAAUAUACCAUUUUCGAUUAUGAUCCCUGUAAUUAUAAGAUGGCUGGAGUCAUCUACUUGCUUUUCACAAGGGGGUUUUCUUUUGUAUUCUACUGUAUGGGUAUAAAGGAAAUACAAUUUGCUCCAUUCUGUGUUGUC